CCAGUCUGGUGACCUGUAAAAACUAGCAGAGUGGAUCUAACCUCAGGCCAUUAUGGCAUCAUGAUUGAUCAAAUGUAAACUGGAGACCUAGUUCCCAACCGCUCUGGAUAGUCGGAAGCAAUGGACAGUAGGGUUAUUUUCUCUCUCGGAAGAGAACAAUGAUGAAUCAGCCUCUAUUCGCGAGGGCAAAGACUACAGAUAACUGUAAGUAAAUAACCUUCUUAAUUAAAAACUUUUUUGAUCUGAUCAUGGUUUGAACAUUCUGUUUUUUUCCUGGCAGCAAAAAAAAAUGUGACGGAAGAUGGGGGAUUGGAAUUUGUUGGGCAGCAUUUUAGAGGAGGUUCAUAUUCAUUCCACCAUUGUGGGCAAGAUUUGGCUGACCAUCCUCUUCGUUUUUCGUAUGCUUGUCCUUGGUGUUGCUGCAGAGGACGUCUGGGAUGAUGAACAGAGUGAGUUUGUUUGUAAUACAGAGCAACCUGGCUGUAAAAAUGUUUGCUACGACCAGGCUUUCCCUAUUUCGCUCAUCCGUUAUUGGGUGCUUCAGAUCUUAUUUGUAUCUUCACCCUCUUUGGUCUACAUGGGUCAUGCGUUGUAUCAUUUGAGGACCCUCGAUAAGGAGAGGCACCGAAAAAAAACAUGUCUGAAAGCUGAACUGGAGACCACAGACCUUGUUCUCAACCAUAAGCGAAUAGAACGGGAGCUUCGGAAAUUAGAUGAACAGAAGAAAGUAAGGAAAGCUCCCCUUCAAGGAUCUCUGUUGCGAACAUAUGUUUUCCAUAUCUUAACAAGAUCAAUAUUGGAAGUUGGUUUUAUUAUAGGUCAAUGUGCUCUCUAUGGAAUCAGGUUGUCUCCUCUGUACAAAUGCGAGAGGUUACCUUGCCCUAACAGCGUGGAUUGUUUUGUGUCACGACCAACUGAGAAGAACAUUUUCAUGGUUUUCAUGUUGGUUAUAUCUGGAGUUUCUUUAUUCCUCAACCUUCUUGAGACCUUCCAUCUGGGUGUGAAGAAAAUCAAGCAGAGUCUGUACGGUUAUAAAUACGGAGAUAGUGAUAGUAUUUGCAGAUCGAAGAAAAACUCCAUGGUGCAGCAGGUCUGCAUACUUCCAAAUUCCUCUCCACAAAGACUGAUGCAACUCCCACAAAUGGUCUGCUCAGUUUUGUCCAACACUCGUGAAGAAACUGAGCCAUUGAAUCUCACUUCUCUAGCUCCUCUUAUCCAGGUAUCUAACAAGACUCAUCAGCCACCAGCGAACAUCCAGAAUUUGCCACAUCUAAGAGCUAUGGAUCGGCAACACAAUCGAGAUGUUACCUUGCAAUCAUCUUAUAGUGAUGAUUCAGAUGCACCUCAUAAUUCUGGAACAUUGCAGUAUACUGGACCUCAAGCUUCAUCAUUGGCCAGACACAUGGAGACCUUUGCAACCCAGAGCAAUAAACUAAGAGAGCAAAGUGCAAUGGGUGUGUAUAGUGACACGAGUGAUUCUCCAGGUAGUGAACAUUUUUCGACAGCCCGAAAAAGCAGUUUCAUGUCCCGAGGAAUGUCCGAUGGUAGGCAGGGCAGUCCAUCGGACAGUUCUAUGACUGGAAUGAGCGCUGAGGCCCCGAACUUCAACAAGGAAGAGAGUCCUGUCAUGACUCCACCGCCUCCAUCUAGCGGGAGGAGAAUGUCCAUGGUGAGAAUAUAUUAAAGUAACCCAGCAAAUGUUAUGACAAUUAAUUGAGAUA